CUCUCUUAUCUUGCAAACUCUCUCUCUCUCUCUCUCUCUUGGUUUAUCACUUUGAUUCUCACACUAUUCUUGUUAAAUCACCACAACUACUCUCUAAAUUCAUACAUUUUAUCAGCCAUGUGUUCUGCGCUCAGGUCACGUCAUGGGGAAAGCCAAAGGCCUUGACUCUUAAAAAGCUUCAAGAAAAAGGGUUUCUGGAGAACAACAAACUGAUAGUUAAAGUCCAAGUCCAAGUACUUGAAGUUGUUAAUGAGGCAGAAGUAACUGGGAACGAGACUAUGGAUGUUAGUGGUUUCCAAGUUCUUUAUUCUCAGGUUAGUCAAGUAAGUUGGAUUUUCGUGAUGCACCCGGACAUUGCUUUGAAUUUCAAACCAAAGAGCCAAUUGGUGAAGACGACAUACAUGAAUCUCCUCCUCAAGCUCAUCGAGAAACUGGACAAGCCUCCACAUAGCUUCUCCGAGACUGAGCUAAGCAACACUCGCACCGAGUUGGUGGAUCUAACAGAGACAGGGUUCAAGCUAGACUGGUUGAAGGAAAAGCUUGAUGAGAUUACCUUGGAAAGGAAGAAAACAGCUGAUGCUUCCCGUAUCCAAGAACUUGAGCAACACAACAAGAAUCUCAUAGCUGAACUCAACAAGGAGAAGAUCAAAUCUGCUACUUCUGCUGCUAAAGUUUUAUGGUUGGAGCAGACGGUGUCAACUCUCAAAACUAAGAUGAACAAGAAGCCGAAAUUAAACCCCUAACUAAUUCUCCCGCAAAUUUGGGAAUUUUUUUUCCUCGUUUAUCUCAAAGCUGAAGAUUAAAUCUAUUAUGUGGUAAGUCCUUCUAAGAACUAUGCAAUUGGUGAUUUUUGCUU